AAAGGCAUCCCAGCAUCCUCGUUGAUUGGCGAAGAGAUGCCGGCCAUCUUGGAUUGUAGCGGGGAAGAAAGAUUGAUGCGGUGACACGCGGCAUGUUUGGUGCUAACCGGAAGAAGUUUAUGGAGGGAGGGCUAGAGAGCGACUACGCGGACGACUCCAGCCUCUACUACACCCAACAGUCCAUGUUCCCUCCACACCGCGCUGACAAAGACAUGCUGGCGUCGUCUUCUGCUUCCUCGACGGGUCAGCUGUCGCAGCUAGGAGCCAGCUUAUAUGGCCCGCAGAUUCGGAUUUCUCCCGUUGACAUCACCACAGCGACACUAGACGGAUGUAUCAUACAUGAUCAGGCUGUACCGUGCUUUGAUUAUAUUCCACACAGUUCGUUGGGGUUUCCCAUGCGGGGUUUGAACAGCAGCGCAGCAUCUCAGUUAAGUCGAAGUGGGUUGAACCAAUCUGGCAGCCAGCUCCCCAGUCACGCCAGUAAUACCAACUCUGGCACAAUGCACACGCCUCCCUCGCCGAGCAGGGGUAUUUUGCCAAUGAGCAGCCGGAGCGUGAUGAACCACAACCAGCAGGUGGGGGGUCCGACGGGGCAGUCGGUGGGGAUGGUAGGCGUAGGAGGAGAGAGGGGAGGUGCUGGCGGUGUGGGAGCAGGGAGGAGCGGCAGCAUGGGGAGUCCCAGCCGGUCGUCACCAAGCAUCAUCGGCAUGCCCAAACAGCAGCAAGCACGCCAGCCUUUCACUAUUAACAGUAUGUCAGGGUUCGGGGUGAACCGGAAUCCCGGCUUCAACAUGAACAACUCCCUAUCCAAUAACAUCUUCAAUGGCACAGACGGCAGUGAGAAUGUGACGGGGUUGGACCUGUCAGAUUUCCCAGCGUUAGCAGACAGAAGUCGGAGGGACGGAAGCUCGAAUCCUACCCCACUGCUCAACCCGCUGGCCGGUCGGGCUCCUUACGUUGGAAUGGUAACCAAGCCGUCCAGUGAACAGUCGCAGGACUUCUCCAUCCAUAACGAAGAUUUCCCAGCUCUCCCUGGGCCAAACUACCAAACAAAAGACCCCACCAGCACCAGCGAAGACAGCAAAACGAAUCUGAACUCAUCAGGAAAGUCUAACUCUAACUCAGAUGGUCCAAAGUUCCCCGGCGAUAAGAGCUCUGCACCUAGCAACAACAACCAGCAGAAGAAAGGGAUUCAGGUUCUUCCUGACGGGCGUGUGACCAACAUCCCCGUCGGUAUGGUAACUGACCAGUUUGGGAUGAUCGGCUUGUUGACGUUCAUCCGGGCAGCAGAGACGGACCCCGGCAUGGUCCACCUGGCGCUGGGCUCCGACCUCACCACGCUCGGCCUCAACCUCAACUCACCUGAGAAUCUCUACCCUAAGUUUGCGUCUCCCUGGGCGUCGGCUCCGUGCCGACCGCAGGACAUAGACUUCCACGUCCCCUCAGAGUAUUUAACCAACAUCCACAUAAGGGACAAGUUAGCAGCUAUCAAGUUGUCUCGGUAUGGUGAAGAUCUGCUGUUUUAUCUCUACUACAUGAAUGGAGGAGACCUGCUACAACUACUGGCUGCAGUAGAACUGUUUAACAGGGACUGGAGGUACCAUAAAGAGGAGCGGGUUUGGAUCACCCGGGCCCCGGGUAUGGAGCCCACGCUGAAGACCAACGCCUACGAGAGAGGGACCUACUACUUCUUCGACUGCCUCAACUGGAGGAAGGUGGCCAAGGAGUUUCAUCUGGAAUAUGACAAACUAGAAGAGCGACCUCACGUUCCCUCCGCAUUCAACUACAAUCCUGCCCAGCAGGCCGUCUGAUUGGCUCUACCUCCUCCUGCCUGCCUGCCAUUGGCCCUCCUGGCUCAUCAGUCAUCACCCCCUCUAGGUUUUUCCACCUCCACACAUUCAAAGUGAAUCUGGCCAAUAAGUAAACGGGACGGGGAGAGGACGUCCUGCUUCCUGUUCUCCAAAACACUUUUCUGAACAGACUUUUAAGAUUUUAACUUUUAAGAUUUUUUUUCUUUACCUCAUUUUCUUUUCUUUUUUUUCUUUUUUAUUUCCCACCCCCUCCUCCAUGCGUUUGGUUUGGUUGGUCUGUUAUGUGGAGCACAGACUUAAUGUCAACAGACAGCACAGUCACAACACAUACACACGACACAAGCACUGUAAAUAACUGCCCAUCUGAUCGAGUGAUUCGUGUUUCUAUUCAGUCCUAAGAAUUGACUAUUUUUGUCUAGAGAAGCUUUUAAGAAGAACCAGAUUUUAACAGGAUGGAUAAUUAUUUCACAUACUGUGUCACACCUCUCUGACCGUUUGGCAGGAACUGAGAGUAUUUAUCAUUUAUCUUUGUUUUUACCAGGUUUUCCCAGCAUUACAAAUCUGAACACGCAUAAACAACACACAUCAGCAUCAGACAGUGGGGAGUCAGGAGAGGAAAUGCAAUGUAAAUUGUAGCACUAUUUCAUAAUAAAAGAGGAAAAAAUA